AUUCAGUAUACCAUAUAACUUGGUCAAAGUAACAUCGUCAGAAUGAAGCAGGGAAAAGUGGAACAGACGCGCAGAAAACUAGAGCAAAUACUUAAUAUCCACAGUCCAAACUAUCUGGAUUGUACUUUUCAAGAGCAUUUGCCCAUUUGCUGUAAAAGUUCCCUGUUAAGCGAUAAAUUUGCUAAGUGGUUCAAAAUAGUUUUAAUGGGCACUCUUAUUUCGUUAGUAGUGAAAUACUACUAUGAGGAAGUUCAGGGAAAGAAUUGCGCUCUGUCUUUGCCACGCAACUUGCGUUACGCCUUCCGACCGCCAGAAAAUUGUAAUUUCUGUGCGAAUAUUAAAAAUGUGCCGCGUCUUCAAAAUAUUAGCCCCCAGGAGUUUGAGAAAAGUUUCGCCUACAGUGCAGCGCCAGUUAUAAUAAGUGAUGCCACCAAAAAUUGGACAGCAGUUUCGUUAUUUAACUACUGGUAUUUUCGCGAUGUUUAUACCAAGGCCAAGCAAAAGCAGCACAUCAGGGAAUGCCAGUUCCUGCCAUAUAAAACCGGAUUUUUUGAUAUCUUUGACGCCUUGGAUAUGCCCGAGGAUCGGGUGAAGCUUAAACCAGACGAACAGCCCUGGUACUUCGGCUGGAGCAACUGUCAUGCGGAAACCGCCGAAGAGUUCCGUAGGCACUAUGGGAGACCAUAUUUUCUGCCCGAAGGCUCGGAAAACAAUGCAGUCGAUUGGUUUUUCAUUGGCUCAUCCGGCUUGGGGGCUCAAAUGCAUAUAGACAACGUGAGAUUGCCAUCGUGGCAGGCUCAGCUGGCGGGCAGCAAGCGGUGGCUACUAGUUCCACCUCCCGAGUGCUACCUGCAGUGCCGGAGAUUUGACGUGGUGGUCCAGCAGGGCGACAUAAUUGUGUUGGACACGAACAAAUGGUACCACCAGACCUUUGUGCAGCCGGGAGCCAUCAGUCUGACGAUUGGAGCUGAGUACGACUAGAGUUAACCGGCUGCAUGCGGUUUUUCCUCGUGACGGGAAACGGCUGCUCCAAACAUCUCCAUUUGGAGUCGGACGAAAAUAUGGCCAACUGUUACUGUUACAGUAACAAACUUAACUUUAACAUUGCCAUAUUACUCUGCUUUUGCCAGCCGGUUUUAAUUAAACUCCAAAAACACGCAAA